GUUUAUUCGAAUUUAAUUUUCAGUCGAGGAAAAUGUUUAAGUUAACGUUGUUGUGCAUUAUUGCUCUCUCAAUAAAAAAAAUACAAUCCGUCAACAAUGAUUGGUGGAAGAAUGCCGUUAUUUAUCAAAUCUAUCCCCGAAGUUUCAAGGACAGUAAUGCUGAUGGAAUUGGCGAUUUAAAUGGAAUCACUGACAAAAUGGAUCACAUAAAGGACAUUGGAGCCGAUGCUCUAUGGCUUUCACCAAUCUACACAAGUCCGCAGGCUGAUUUUGGCUACGAUAUCGCCAAUUUCACUAAUGUAGAUCCAGGCUAUGGAACACUGACAGAUUUCGAUAACCUCGUAACAAAAGCAAAGAGUCUCGGUCUAAAGGUGAUUUUAGACUUUGUUCCCAAUCACAGUUCAACAGAGCAUCAAUGGUUCAAAAAUAGUAUCCAACGAAUAAAACCCUACGACGAAUAUUACGUGUGGCGUGAUGCAAAAAUGGUGAAUGGUCAACGAAAACCCCCAAACAAUUGGUUGAGUACUUUCAAGGGUACAGCUUGGGAAUGGAAUGAACAACGUGGUCAAUAUUAUCUCCAUCAGUUCGCCAUUGGACAACCGGAUUUAAAUUAUCGUUCGGCUCUCUUGAAUCAAGCAAUGAAGGAUGUACUGACAUUUUGGAUGAAUCGCGGUGUCGAUGGUUUUCGAAUAGACGUCAUUAAUCACGUAAUUGAAGAUUCUUUACAACGCGACGAACCAUUAAGUAAUGAUCCAUCGGCAAGUUUGGAUGACUACAAUUCCCUGUUGCAUAUUUACACUAAAGAUCAAAACGAAUCCUACGAUAUUCUCAACAGUUGGAGGGUUUUACUCGACCGAUUCGCCUCAGAGCAUCAAACGGAUGCUAAAUUCCUCAUAACCGAAGCCUACGCCACCCUUCCGAUGACAAUCAGGUAUUAUUCCGCCGGUUCGGUUCCAUUUAAUUUCAUGUUCAUCACCGAUCUGAAUGGCGCAUCGACAGCAAUGAAUUUCAAGAGAACCAUAGACAACUGGCUGAAUAGCCUACCAAAGGCCAAUGUUUCCAAUUGGGUGGUUGGUAAUCACGAUAAUCAUCGAAUAGCCUCGCGGUAUGGUGUGAAAAAAGCCGACAUGAUAACAAUGCUUUCGACCAUUUUACCAGGAAUCACUGUCGUCUACAAUGGCGACGAAAUCGGUAUGAUAGAUCGUGAAUUUACCUGGAAAGAAACGGUGGACGUUGCCGGUUGUAAUUUAGGUCCCGACAAAUAUCAAAUUGGUUCAAGAGAUCCUGAAAGAACACCAUUUCAAUGGGACGAUACAACGAGUGCGGGAUUUUCGACAAGUGAAAAUACAUGGCUUCCGGUUAAUAGUAAUUACAAGGAACUGAAUUUAGCAGCACAAAAAGCAGCGACAACAACGUCUCACUAUAAAGUUUUCAAGAGUCUAACAACGCUGAAGAAGAAAUUGCUGAAUAAGAGUGGAAAGGAAAAAACGGAUGUCACUCUAAUUACGCCAAAUGUUCUUGGAAUUGUUCGAAGACUACCGGGAACAACACCAAUAGCACUUGUAAUCAAUACCUCGGAUGCUGAAGUUAAAGUUGAUGCAAUGAGUUGGUUAAAUAUUCCACUUGAAAUGUCCGCCUAUACGACAAGUGUAGAUUCGGGAAUUCCUUCCGGUACUCAAAUUGAAACUAACGCAUUGACAUUACCCGGAUCGGCGUCAAUUAUUCUCACCUCACAAAAUCAAAUGAAUGAAUUGUUGAGUUAAUUCAAUUGUAAACUUUUUUUUCACCACAAAAUACAGUGGGAAAAAAUUUAUUUUAUUCAAAUAAACCAUUACUUGUUUAUUAUCAAUUAAAUAUUUACAUUGAAUCAAUUUUUAUUGAUUUCAAAUGUAUUUGAUUCCAAUAUUACUUGUUUAUUAUCAAAUAAAUAUUUACUUGAAUCAAAUAAUUUUUACUUGAGUCAAAUAAAUAUUUACUUAAAUCGACACUGUAGAAACAAAGUCUUAAAGUACUUACAGCUUAAAUGUGUUUUUUCCUUAAAUUCAACUCAUUUUUGGGUUUAAAACAAAAGCAAAAAAAUUAUAAGUCUUAAAAUCAAUGUUCUAAUCAGGAAUUUAAUCAAUAUUUGGACUAAUGUAAGUUGUUUUAGUCAAAAUCAGGCUUAAUACAAGACUUAUUUUUUACAGUGAAAUAAUUUUUAUUGAAAUCAAAUGAAUAUUUUCUUGAAUCAAACAAUUUUUAUUGAAAUCAAUUAAAUAUUUACUUGCAUCAAAUAAUUUUUAUUUAAAUCAAUU